AUGGCGGUGGAGUACACAUGCUGCACAUCGGAGUUCUUCAUCCACAUACUCCUCAUCGUGUUGCUCGUGCUGUUCGCGGGCCUCAUGUCGGGCCUCACCUUGGGCCUCAUGUCCCUCAGCCUUGUUGAUCUCGAGGUCCUCGCUAAGUCUGGUACUCCUCAAGAUCGUAAGCACGCUGCGAAGAUAUUACCAGUUGUCAAAAACCAACAUUUAUUGCUUUGUACUCUGCUAAUUUGCAAUGCUGCAGCCAUGGAGGCCCUUCCUAUUUUUCUCGAUAGUCUUGUUACUGCGUGGGGUGCUAUCCUUAUUUCGGUGACAUUAAUUCUUUUGUUCGGUGAGAUUAUACCCCAAUCAGUUUGUUCUCGGUAUGGUUUGGCUAUUGGUGCAUCAGUGGCUCCCUUUGUUCGGGUUCUUGUAUGCAUAUGCUUUCCUGUUGCCUUUCCAAUUAGUAAGUUGUUGGACUUUUUGCUUGGCCAUCGACAUGAAGCCUUAUUCCGUAGAGCUGAAUUAAAGACACUUGUAGAUUUGCAUGGUAAUGAGGCUGGAAAAGGUGGGGAACUGACACAUGAUGAAACGACUAUCAUUGCUGGGGCACUUGAACUCAGCGAGAAGACAGCCAGUGAUGCCAUGACUCCUAUAGCUGAAACAUUUGCCGUUGAUAUUAAUUCAAAGCUUGAUAGGGAACUGAUGAAUGAAAUAUUGGAGAAAGGGCAUAGCAGAGUCCCAGUCUUUUAUGAGCAGCCUACAAACAUUAUAGGACUUAUACUGGUGAAGAAUUUGUUGACUGUUCAUCCAGAAGAUGAAGCACCCGUAAAGAGUGUAACUAUACGCAGGAUUCCAAGGGUACCAGAAAGUAUGCCACUUUAUGACAUUUUGAAUGAGUUCCAGAAGGGCCAUAGUCACAUGGCAGUUGUUGUGAGACGGUGUGACAAGUUGAAGCAACAAUCUCCCCAAAAUAAUGCAAACGACUCGGUGAGAGAUGUGAAGGUGGAUAUUGAUGGUGAAAAGUCUCCCAAAGAGAAAGCUUUGAAAUCCAAGGUGCCACUCCAUAAGUGGAAAAGCUUCCCAAAUACAAACAUGUCAAAUAGGGGUGGUUCUCGAAGCAGAAAAUGGUCAAAAAAUAUGUACUCGGAUAUUUUGGAGAUAGAUGGAAGUCCCCUUCCAAAGCUCCCUGAAGAAGAAGAAGCUGUUGGCAUUAUUACAAUGGAAGAUGUCAUUGAAGAGCUUCUACAGGAGGAGAUUUUUGAUGAGACAGAUCAUCAUUUUGAAGACUCAUGA